UGUAUUAAGCGGCAUCAGGCUAGAAUCGCACAAAGGCAUAGCAUGGGUGCAGUUGCCUAGUGGGAUUUGAUCAGUGUCACUCAACAGAGACUGGUCCAAUACAGGCAUCAACCACUCCAUCAAGCUAUCAACGACCAAGGAGCAUCGAGGAUAUUGCAUCCAUUGACGUCCAUGAAAGCGGAGUAUUCUUGAUCUUUUCGAAUCCCUUGUAUCGACCUUGAAGAAACAAACACAGGACUGACGUAGCCGAUCAUGUCGUUGUUCUUUUCCACCCCAGUCGAUAUCGACGUUGUCCUCCAAGACAGCGAUGAUCGAGCUACCGUCGACGUCAAGCUCGGGGAGAAGAACCGGCGGGAGAAGGUCCCGCUGUAUAUGGAUGGCGAAUCGGUCAAAGGCGCCGUGACCAUUCGACCGAAAGAUGGGAAACGGUUGGAGCAUACGGGAAUCAAAGUCCAAUUCAUCGGAACAAUCGAAAUGUUCUAUGACCGAAGCAACCAUUAUGAAUUCCUUUCCCUUGUCCAGGAGCUCGCUGCUCCCGGGGACCUCCAGCAUCCCCAGACCUUCGAUUUCAACUUCAAAAAUGUCGAGAAGGCAUACGAAUCAUACAACGGCAUCAACGUCCGGUUACGAUACUACGUUCGGGUGACGGUCUCAAGAAGGAUGGCCGACGUCACAAGAGAGAAGGACAUCUGGGUCUAUUCAUACCGAGUGCCGCCGGAGACCAACAGCUCGAUCAAGAUGGACGUGGGGAUCGAGGAUUGUCUGCACAUCGAGUUCGAAUAUUCGAAGUGCAAAUACCAUCUAAAGGAUGUCAUAGUCGGGAGGAUAUACUUCUUGCUGGUGCGGUUAAAGAUCAAGUACAUGGAAUUGUCCAUCAUAAGGAGGGAGACAACGGGAGCCGCGCCGAAUCAGUACAACGAGAGCGAGACGCUGGUGAGGUUCGAGAUCAUGGACGGUUCUCCGUCAAGAGGUGAAACGAUACCGAUCCGAUUAUUUCUCGGCGGCUUCGAUUUGACCCCGACCUUCCGAGAGGUGAACAAGAAGUUCUCAACGAGAUACUAUCUCAGCCUCGUCCUGAUUGACGAAGAUGCACGAAGAUACUUUAAACAAUCCGAGAUCGUCCUCUACCGACAAGCGCCGGAGAAUCUGGCCCCGCCACGAAUACAGACCCCCGAGAUCAGGAGCGCUUAAUGACGGGAAUCUUGCUUGAACAACUGAUUUAUUGUCCAAUUCAUAAGCCGGAGUCAGGUUCAGGGAGCCUUUGAGCUCAAUCCUAGGUUGUUCAUAACAGCGCUCCGCUAUCCACUUUCCCAACAGAGGGCGAGCCGGUCGUCCUAUUCCCGAUAAUCGGCUUGGAUUCGUCGCGACGAGAUUGAGGGGAUCGACACCAAAGGCCGGACUCUGUGUGUUGCGAGGGGGUCAGUGGCCAGCUUGGGAGCAUAGAUAUUAAUGCUGUCCAACUACUUCAUGUAUUCUCGUCCUCGUCAUCCUGCUUGACAUUACUAGUGCAUCGUUGGACGUUCGAAUAGAUUUUGAUCAUGGGGUCGCGUUCCGUCUCCUUUAUGUCCGCCUCGCCCUGGCGCUC